CCCCACCGCAUCCUGCAGCCCAGAGCGCUGGGGAUGGAGGGCAGGCUGGCAUCUGCCCUGCGGUCCCCGGCGUUACUGAAGGUGCUAUCCCUCUUCAUGCUCUGUCUGAGCGCUUCCCAGGGCUGCUUUACCCGGAGGCAGGGGGGACGUCCUCCGCAGCGCUGAGAUGUGGUACCCAAUUGGGAACGCACUAAAUUGACUUCAGGGGCGCUGGGGUUGCAGAUACCCACCUUUCACACGUGCUACAAGAGGUCUCUGUUGGGCUCGCUGCAGCCCGUGCUCACAGGAGCCUGUUUACAUGGGGAGCGUCGCGGCUUUCUUUAAGAGCGUCCUCUUCUCCCUGCAGACCCAGGGGAUGGGCGGUCAUGGCCCAGGGAAUGGUGGUGGCCCAGGGGAUGGAUGGUGGUGGCCGAGGGAUGGCCACAGCCCGAGGGGUGACCACGCCACUGCCCCUUGCAGCCAGACCAGCCCGGACCCUCCUGGUACCGCAUUCACCAAGGCCGGACCCAGAGCGAGGACGGCCGAGUGCGAAGAAGCCUCUUGGGUCACAGAAGUGCGUGCUGGAAGUCCCUGGGAGCAGUCCUGGCGUUCCCUGCUGUAAGAGGAGUCCUGACGUUUAACGUCCGGACAGGAAAGCGGAGGCCUGAAUUUAUUGUACCCCGGAGCUCUCCCCAUCGUUAUAAAACAUCUUGAUGGAGCUGCCUUUCUUCUCCAGGAAGAAUGAACGGUGUUGUCUUCCCAUCUGCUCUGCUUGGCAGAUACUUCACUUUAAGUGGAAGCAUGAGCCCCUCUUACCCACGCUUUGCUCUGACCCAGGGGAUGUGUGCAAGUCCUGUGACUUGGGAAGGGUUGAGGUGCAAAAAGGAGCUGCCUGCUUCCUUCUGUGAGCUGCCAGCUCUUGGGCCCGGCUCCUUGGUGGCAUUAAGUCCUGAUGGAAUGGUGGCAAAAUACGUGUGUGGUGUGGGCACUGCAACACCCAGACCUUCCCCUCCUGCUCUCACAGGGUCUGUAUGUGCCAUAGAUCAGGUCUGCAGCUGCACUGAUUCCCCCUCACCCUGGGGAGAGGUUGCUGCAUGUUCUUGAGGUGGGAGAGCUGUAGUGCAGCAUCCCUGCUCUGCUCUGCUCUUCCCCAUCCUGCUGUCCCGGCUGCCAUGCACCCGUCCAUCCCUCCGUCCAGGACACAAGGAAGGAAGGAUGGCAGGAGCCCUCUGCCAGGCCGGGCAGCUGAUGCCCAUGGCAGCUCUCUGGAAGAGGAAACUGCAGUGAACCAGCUCAGCGCUGGGCUUGGCACUUCUCCUCCUGUUCUCUACUUCACAGGGGCCAGUGGGCUGUCACCCAGCUCCAGCAACAUCCUUACCAGUGCCUCUGCUUGUGCUGUUUCCUUAUGGAGCAGGGAAUUUGCUGGGGAAAAGGCAGGCAGGAAUCUCACCUCGUUCCCCAAGUCCCUCUUUGCCUGGUGCAUUCCCCACCACCCCAAGAGCUGGCUGUUAACAGCACUAAGCGCAGGUCGGAUGUGUCCUUGGCUGGUUCAUGGCCUUUAUUCCUUGGGGACUGAUCCUUUUUGUUACCUGCUGGAGCACAGAGGAGAAGAUUCAGCCUCUGGGGGUUAUUCUUGGAGCUGCUGGACAAGGGGGUUGGGGUGGUGUGCGCGGCGUUGGCCUUAGGCAGUGCAAAGAGCUGCCUUGGAGAAACCAGCCCGAAUCACGCUGCUACUGUUCCGCAGGGUCUCCCCCUCCUCUCCGGGGUUGGACACGGCCGGUGGGAGGGAUUUGUGGCUGUCAGCAAGAGGAGAAACAAGAGAGCAUGUGAGGGAGCAGAGGGGAAGGCAGGAGGGAAGUUCAGUUACUGCCUUGGAAAGCAGGGAAGCUGCUCUCCGUGUGUGCGGGACUCCAUCCCCUCUCCGGAGGAAGGUGGGAGCUGUGGCAGCAGCAGAGGAUGGCUCCAUGGAUGCAGAUGGGGUAAAGGAGCUCUCUGCCUGCUCUGGGAGCUGGAAUGCUCCAUGCACAGGAGAGUCUUUUCUCUUCCCGGGUGCUGACUUUCACAUUGCCUUGUGAAGCGGAUCACAACUCCAAACCGGCUCCAGACCCACAUGAGGCUUCGCUGCUGGAGGGAGCCCGGGUCCUGUGAGCCACCGGCUCUUUGGGCUCUGUCAAGAAGCAAAUGCCAGAAGGAAAAGUCACUUCUGUGCCCUUCCCUGCGAGCAGAUGAGCAUCGGAAGACAGGUCUGGCUUGGGGGACAUCCCGGUGACAGCCUGUGCUGUAAUCACUUCCCAUGGACCCAGGGAACUUGCUGAGCUGACCGGUGCAGGAGCAAGCAUCCAGGAAUGAUGAACAUGCCCUCCCUGUGCAAGAACUCCCAUGUGCUCCUAUAGCAUUCCCUUUAGAAGAGGAGCACACCAAUGAGCUGGGAGCAGGAGUGUCCUCUGAGGAACAGGAGAGAGGGCUCCGAGGUUUUCCAGGCAUUGGAAGCACUGUGGGUGCGAUGGGGUCUCAUGCAGCAGCACUGGUGUUCAUCCUGGCCCUGCGAGUGUCCUCUCUUGCUUCUGGGAGCAAGCUCCAGCCCCAUAUGCCGAACGUCUGCGCGGAGCCGGAGGUGCUCAUCGUGGGGCAGCGGCAGCCGCGUGUCCAGGCCUUCACCCGCAGCGUCCACGUGUGGAAGCCGGACUGCGGCGCCCGGCGGCGGUGCGCGGGCUACGAGCGCAGAACUGGCUAUUACACGGGCUACAGGCAGGUCUACAAGGUGAUGUACCAGACCACGUACAAGUGCUGUCCAGGGUGGUCCCAGCUUGGAGGCGAUGCCGGCUGUCUCUACCCUGCCUGUGGUUACGGGGUUUGUUUCAAUGGUGGGAACUGCGCAGAGGGAUCAUCACAGCUCUGCCAUUGCUCCUCUGGCUUCCAAGGACCCCGCUGUCAGUACGCUAAUAAACCCUCAGUUGAAUCUGGAAGCCCUCCACUCAACCCCAGAGCAGCAGGCGGCCCCGCAUGGUGAUGCCAAGAAGUCCCACCAAACUCCAUUCUCCUCCAUGGACCGUCUCUCACAGGCUAGACACUGGGGCUGCUGGCCUUUAGCUGCUCUCUGAAGUAACAUCGUGUUGGUUUGCUUUCCCUUGAUGCUGGACCCCGAGCUGAAAAGCCUGUCAUUUAGGAUACUGUCAUUGCUGUUGAGUUUUGCCUUGCACAUCACUGUGCAUGUCAUUGGCCGGCCGGCUCAAUUCUGGGUGCACACAGGCCGUGGCUAUUGGUAGCUUUGCAGUGGAUGUGUCUCACCCUACUAUGUGCAUCUCCCUUGCUCGGGUGCCUUCAUCCAGGCUUCACAAAGAGGUCUUGUAGGUGGCAGUGAUUUAACUCUUACCGCACUGAUUUGAGGUGGGACCCCACUGCAAAUAGUACAAAUGAACAGUGACAACAAAGACGUAGAAACCCCCAUAUUUGCCAAUUAAAAUAGGGAUCCUUUUUCUUUAGAGAUUUAAGGGCUUGCUUAAAGGCUGGCUAGAUCACUACCAGAGCUCCAAAGCAGUUGUUUCGAAUCCACGAUAAUGGAAGUCAGUCAUGCUGA